CACUUAUAUCUCCCCAGCCAGCCAGCUGUGCAAUCCAGGAGAAGCAGAGCAGAGGCGACUCAGGUGGCAAGAUGGCCCAGUGCAUCUCUGGGCUUGUUCGCCGUGGGCUGUGUGUUCCUGGAGCCCGGCUCCUCCGUUCCUUCCCGGUAGCUGAGUGCACCCAGGCACUUGUCAGCCGGCACCCAAACAGAUGCUUCAGUGGUACCCAACAUCGGCUUCAGAAAGUUCCUGGUGAUGGAGGGACUACGGACAGAAUCACGUUGCAUUUCAUCAACCGGGAUGGAGAGAAAUUCUCAGUCACGGCUAAAGAAGGCGAAAGCUUGCUGGAUGUAGUGGUCCAUCAGAACCUCGACAUCGAUGGCUUUGGGGCGUGUGAAGGAACGCUGGCUUGCUCGACGUGCCACCUCAUCUUCGAGGAGGACGCUUUCCAAAAGCUGGGGGCCAUCCCGGACGAGGAGCUGGAUAUGUUGGACCUGGCGUAUGGACUUACUGACACGUCUCGCCUCGGCUGUCAGGUGCAGGUGAAGAAGUGGAUGGACGGUCUCACGGUCCAGGUGCCUGUGGAGGUCUCGGACAUCAGGAGAGAGCUGGAAGUGGAGAAGCAAGGGAAGCAGUAAGAGCUCCUGGGUUGCCGCCGCCACCGCAAGAUCCUUUCCCUGCUGUGCUCAUGACUGUGUCCGUGUGCCUUUACGGGGGGGGGGGGGGAGGCUGAUGUGACUCGGGGCCAAACGUGUUCGGGGCCGGCACUGUGUGUUUCCAAACACAGGCUUCCCCAUUGCAUAGAGAUCAGGAUGGGAGGGUCUACUCUGCAUGCCAAGCUGAAUCCUUCCCCUUUUCUGCCUUCUUGAAGACCCUCCUUCCUGCCCAUCCAGUCUUGGAGCUGGGCUGGAAACAGGCUCCUUAACAGAAGCCAAGAACAUUUAUUUCUCCCUCCCUCCCUCCCUCCCUCCCUCAAGCAGCUCCUUAGCACAGAGCCCCCAAGACUGGGACCAUCUUGUGGGGUCUUGAACUCUUUCCUUACACAUCAUUUCCCUGCCAAACUCCCCCUCCGCACAGCUGCUAUGGGUGCCCUAAGGUAUCAUGUGCUACCAUGGGCACCGUCCUUCAGGGCCCCAUAAGAGCUGAGUGGGGAACAGUGUGCAGGUAAAGGAUUUAACUACACCGGGUCCUGGUGUAGUGUGUGAUGCCUGGGCCCAUAGGAGGGCCUUCUCUGUGGCCGCCCCUCUUCUCUGGAACACCCCCCACCACCAGAUUCAUUCAGCCCCCUCCCUAGCUGCUUUUAAGGCCCUUCUUAAGACCUUCCUGUUUUGCCAGGCAUUUGUCCUUUAAUUAUUCUUUUUAAUUGUUAUCGGUAUUGUUGUCGUCCACUGCCUAGAGUCUUUGGAGGAGGCAGCAUAUAAGAAAGUUCUAAUAAACAAACAAACAAACAAACAUGCCCACCCACCCCCCUCUAGGCUGCAGCCCCCAUCCAUCUCACGAGACCUCUCAGAGCUGCUACUUUAUGUGAAAAAUAUACCCCAAGCCAGGAGACACAGUUACGGCCA